AUGAUCCAGAUUUAUCUACCUGCGAUACUUGUUGUUUUCAUUAGCUGGGUGUCAUUCUGGAUCAAUCCUGAAUCAGCUCCAUCCCGUACGGUCAUUGGCACAUUCACUAUAUUGAGUGAGACUCAUCUCUUAAUGAGUACAAACAGGCGACUUCCACCUGUUUCCUACAUUAAGGCUGUGGAUGUUUAUCUUGGAUUUUGUUACUUGAUCGUGGUAUUAGCACUUAUCGAAUACGCCGCCGUGGUGUAUUCAAGGAAGAAAUACGAAGAUCGGAAGAAAAACAAAAGCAAAAAUAUCUUCGAACUUAAACCACAAAUACAAGCACCAGACUUGCUUCAAGAUGCUCGUAUUGAUGAAUGCACCUGCGAACACAAUGUUUCGGUAUUUGUAGUAGCUAAACGUUCAUCGAAAUGCGGUAAUUUCUGUACGCAUAGCCGAGUGGACCUAAUCGCUCGAAUUGCAUUCCCUGUUUCGUUUCUCACGUUCAACAUAAUUUACUGGACAAUACUUCUUUCCUUAUCAGGAUGGAAAAUGCAUGGAAACGGCACGGAACAACAAGCAUGUUAA